AUGACUUCAGCAUUGCCACUCAAUGCGACUAAACCAAUUCGUAAACGACGUUUUAAUUCUCCAAAUGAACAUAUAAUGGCACUCGUUCAAGAAUGGUAUAACGAUGCAAAGGCGAACGGUGCACAAACAAUGCGUUGUUAUCAAAAGGCAUUGCGCUCGUUAGAAAAAUAUCCAUUACGAUUAGAAACUGGUUCAGAUUGUCGAAUUUUAUAUGGAUUUGGUGAGAAAAUAUGCGAAGCAAUUGACCGACGAUUGAAUACAAACAAUAAAACAGAUAUUUCAACGACGAAAUUUAUUCAUAAAACUGUCUCAAUGUCAAAUAUUGAUGAGAAAAAAGAUUCGAGUCCAAUUAUUGACAUUAACGAUAAUGACGAUAAUGAAAUAACACCACCGCCAGCAAAGCAAUCGAAACUAACGAUUGAAAACAAGAAGCCAAGUAGAGCAAUUAAAAAAACAAAUAGUGCAAGUGCAAAAUUAUUUGACAAUCCGAGUACGUCAUCAACCCAACCAACAACAAUUUCCACUUUACUUGGUAUUGUCGAUUCAUCAACGAAAACGUCUUCAGCUUCACCGAAAACUGUACAAGUUCUCAAACCUGGCUCAUUUCAAAUCACACUCUGUGUUGACAAUGCCGAAGCAUCACGAUCGACACAAAAAGUUCUGUUGGAACAUCUGACCAAAAAUUCAAUCAAUUACGAUGUGCGGAAACUGAACAUCGGCGACUUUCUUUGGACCGUUCGACCAACGGAUAGAGAUGUGAAAGUCGAAGCUAUUCUCGAUUAUAUUGUCGAACGUAAACGAUUGGAUGAUCUUUCGAAGAGUAUUAUUGAUGGAAGAUAUAACGAACAGAAAUUUCGAUUAAAACAAUGUGGAAUCACAAAUUUAGUUUACUUGGUAGAAAGUUUAAAAAACACGAACAAUCCGGGAAUUUUAACACCAGCUGCACUCAAUCAAGCCAUUAUCAAUACUCAGAUCGCUGAAGAUUUCUUUGUGCGUGAAGUUUCCAAUCCUGUUGAAAUGGCUAAUUAUUUAGUAACAAUGACCAAAUAUCUAAUCAAUCACUUCAAAGACAAAACCCUACACAUACUGAGCGAAACCGAUAUGAGUAAUAAUUAUAAAAUAUCUUUUCAUGAUACUGAUCAUUAUGUUAUGACGUUUGAUUCGUUUAAUUCCGGUGUGGUUAAAAGCAAGCCGCCAACAGUAAAAGAGAUGUUUGCUCGUGCUCUUAUGCAAAUAGCUGGCAUGUCAGUAGACAAUGUUUUAGCAUUGACUGAAGUUUAUCCAACGCCAGCAAAACUUCUUCAAUCAUAUCAACAAUGUUCCAAUGACAAAGAACGAAAAUUAAUGUUAUCAGUAAUCAAAAAGAUUACGAGCAAUCGAAAGUUAGGCAAGAUUAUGCAGCAAGCGAAUCGAAACACAGAUUUGAUUUUACAAGCGCAACAACUAUUGAAAGAUGCCGACAUGCGUGGUAUUCAAACAUUAGAUGUUAUCAGUGACUCAUCGUCCACACUCUCGAAAACAAUUGAUAAAUACAUUUUAAAUGAACAUCUGAUCAACACAUCACGUGAUUUAAUUAAUCAAUACGAAAGAAAAGCGAAAUAUGAAAAAAUGAUUAUCGUUACUUUACUUGUUGUCUUCUUCGCCGUUGCACUUAAUAUUGUUAAGACAAGGUUACUCUGGUAA